GGUCAUUGACGAGAAUUUUUGGUAUGAAGAAUUUACCUUGGAAAAGUCAAUAAGUCAUUCUUGUAUCUUACAAUUGAUAAACAGUAGUUGCGGUAUUUAAAACUUCAAGAUUCCGUCAUAAUCCUAAGAUAUCAAGCGUCUACAAAGUUCUGCAGUGACGAUGGCACAAACAUCAAACAGUCAGCUGACCUACCCUCCAGAAGAGGUUGAUGCAUUGAAAAUGUUGUCUAUAAACCAACACAAACUUGGACAUGCUGUUGAAGAAGCUUUAGAAGUCGAAGAAAAAACUACCAUAAAAAAGGGCACUCUGAUGAGCAAUUUCGACACUGGCAACCAGGUCCAGUUGGUCUCAAAAGCCAGUGGGCGAACUUUGAGGAUAAUCCAGGCUCGGUCUGGUCAACUUAAAGUGGACAGCAGGGGAGACCUGGGCGGGCAGGAAUGGAAUGCUGUAUGGACAGUUAUUAAUGAAGGUCACAAUCAGAUUCGCCUUCACAAUAACUUUAACUUUCUGGCAAUAGUAAAUGGCGAAACCACUGUUAUACAUGUGCCACAGGGAUCUGAACAUGAUAAGCCAGAAACCAAGCUCCAAGUUAUCAUUCAUCCGGAGAGCUUUGUGACCUUGGAGUCGAUGAGGGAACCGGAAAAGUGUAUAGGAAUACUGGACAGUGGGUCCCUAAAGUCAGCAGAGAAUUGUACCUGUCACGACGACCAUUCCAUGUUUGGAGUACAUUUGAUAAAGAAAGCAUGAUCACUGAAGAAAAUGAGAUUAUGUUGAGUUUCCUAGUGAAGAGGAUAGUACUUAUUGAUUAUCACAUCAACAAUGAAAGGAUUCAAGAUCUUGCUGCCCUUGUGUAACACUCAGGUCAAAACGUUACCUAAAACAUAAAAACAAUGCUUAUUGAGUACAAUUUAUCAUAUUUUAGUAUUUUUAUUCCAUAGUUUAUAAGUUUGUUAUAUAUGUGCAUGUGGUCAUUACAUCGCCAUUUAUGAAUUUACAUUUUUUUUCUCUAGACAUAAAGCGACAGAUUACCAAAUAAUUGAGUAAGAUGAAAAUGGAUAAUCAUCAAACUGUUCGAUGUUAUUUGUUUAUAAGUUAAUUAGGAAUAUUGUAAUGCAUUCUCUCAUAAAAUUUAAUGUAACAACAUCUGAGGACUGCAGGAGUUAUUCUCCUUGAUGCUUAUUUUCAUUGAAAAAACAAAUCAAAAA